AUUAUAAAAGAUAUUUGCUCGAGAGAUGGCUCGAAAAAAUGAUAAAAUCAACCGUUAUUUUUUUUCGUUUAAAAUGUGUCUCAAAAUUUUUUCUAGAGCCUAAGACUAUUUUCACUAUAAUUUUCGGACUCAGCAAGUGAAACUGAAAAGAAGGCGAACCCAAUGAUCUGCCUACUCCCCAAACUACCUGAAACGCAUAUCCUUCUUUUUCUUAUUCUUUCAUUGUAUACUAAUACAAGGGCAACUGCAAAAAUCCCUUUGAAAUAAAUUCCAAGAAGAGAGGAAAGAGAUAGUCUCGAAAUUUUUCUUCAAAGAAUUAUUCAUUCUUGCCUUACCUUUUCAGUUUCAUCGACCAAUCAAAACCAAGAAAUCUAUGUCUUCUUUAUCCUGAUUGGUAAGUCUAACGUUUCAUUCUAACGAAGUACUCGUUCAGUCUAACGAAGCAUUUCUAACACUGAACAAAGUGCAUUUUCAGUCUAGACUAUAUCAAAUAAAGUGAAUAUUACAGACCCAUGGCAACAGUUCUAGAAUCUUCAAUAAACUCUACGCACUCACAUUAGUGAUUUAUUAUAUAUAUAAGUAUAUAAAUAAAAUAGUGGUACAAAAGCAGUCAAUAAUUAGAUUGUUGCCAGCUGUUUUGUGCAUCGUUGAGUUUUUUCCGAUGGCUACGAUAACACACUUGCCCGAGGAUGUGAUUAUCAUCAUUCUAGAAGAGAAGAGCAUCAGCGUGCAGGAUAUCGUGAAUUUUAAGUCCACAUGUAAAAGAUUCCAGCAGAUAAUACUGCCCAACAAGUUUUGGGAAAGAAAAUAUUAUUACAGAUGUUCUACUGCGAAUAAAAAAUAUAAUGUAGACAAAAAGAAAAUAAUUUUUAACUAUUUAGAUUUUAAAGAAGAAAUAAACGCAGGAAUGAAAUGUAUGAAAAAGCUACAAAAUUAUAUGCUUUUGAUGUCAGAAGAUAAGUUAAGGGAUACCAACAAAAAAGAAUUGGAAUGUCUUCUGCGUUCCAUAGUUGAAGAUUCUAUGCUUUAUUAUUUUCUUUUAGAUAAGCAAAAACGAAUUAUUGAUGCAGGAUUACCAUGGCUAAACGAUUUGACAUAUAGAUAUAACUUUGAUCUAAUAUUUAAUUGUCUAAAACAAUAUCGUUUUAUAUAUAAAAUAUCCAAAUUUAUGAAUAAGCCAAGGAAAAAGCGACUUUUAGAAGAGUUACUUACUAUCAUAGCCCAAUAUUUUGAACCAUGUAUAUCUUGCUCAGUCAUAAAAACAUGGCUAGAUAAUAUUGCGCAAGAAGUACUAUACCGCCUUAAAAAUAAAUAUCCUGAACAUUCAAUAUUCAUGAUGUCUACUGAGCAAUUAUCUUUUUGGAGAGAUAAUAAUAUUGACGAUCAUUUCUGGGAUCGAACAGAAGAAAUGCAAAUUACGGAAAUUCUUAUAACAUUUACUAACAGUUCUCUUGAAUCCCUAUUUGUCGAUAAAUUAUGUCAACUAUUGACAACAUUAAAUAUAAAAAACAAAUAUAUGAAUAAUGUUUCAGCGCAUUUUAAAAACUAUCUACAUGUCACUAUAUGUCACUGUGUAGCCAGAAGACUUGGCAUACGCUGCAAUCUGAGACCAAACAGUGACGAUUAUAUGCUUGUCGAAUUACGGAUAGAAAGAGAUUUGAAUGCAGAGCGGUUGCAAACAAACGAAAGAAGAGACGAAAAUUCCAACUCUGGAAAUCGUUCAUAUAAUAAUAUACAGAUAAUACGAAUGAUGAUGGCACAUUUUAUACAACUGACAGGUAAUAAAAAAUUUUACAAAUGGAAUUUAAAUAUCCUGUCCGAAAUCCUGUCUAAUUAUGAAAAUAUUGAGGAACAAAAUAUGAAUAUUGUAGCUCAAUACAGAAGCAUUACAAAAACAAUAAAGAUCGCAGUAGAAAAACGGAUAAUACAAGAAAUAAAAAUAUCAAAUUUUCGAUUGGAGUGAUUGUAAAGCAUUUAUUGCAACCUCAUUUGGCUCCUCCUAAAGAAAGCAUUUAUCACGAAGGCAUUGUUGAAUGGUAUUCUAAAUGUGAUCUGAAUUUCCAAGCAAAAUUGAUGAAAACUGGUAUGUUUCCAUAUCUAUACUAUCACUACCAAAAUCAUCGCAUCUGCAUGUGUGCACCUUGCACGUGUUUCAAAUCAAAUCUUGUCAAUGACGAUCAACCGCAUUACAUAAUUCUCACCGAAAAUGAUAACAUAUGUUACAUAAGAGAAGAUUAUAUAGAGAUAUGUUUACCAAAAAAGAUUAAUAAUAUGGAGAUAGGACGAUUCUUUUCUGGAUUCCAUGGUCUUUAUUACGAACCAAAUAAAAGCGUAGCAAAUCGUUAUGGAACAGGCGUUUAUGACGAACCAAAUAAAAGCUUAACAAACCGUUAUGGAACAGGCCUGUAUGACAAACCAAAUAAAAGCUUAGCAAACCAUUUUCAAACAUGUCUUUAUGACGAACCAAAUAAAAGCUUAGCAAACCGUUAUGAAAAAGGCCUUUAUUGCGAACCAAAUAAACGCUUAGCACACCGUUAUGAAACAGGUCUUAAUUACGAACCAAAUAAAAGCUUAGCAAAAUGUUAUAAAAUAGUACCAUUUCGCGACAGACUUCUCACUCAAGAAUUCUGCUAAUAUUUUCACUAAAAAUGUAAAUUACAUUUUAUAUUAAGUUUAUAAGUUAUAUUUAGU